AUGAUGACGGUCGUCCAACCGUGCUCGUCGUCGAUCGCGGGCUUCGGAAAGGCCGACGACAACGUGCGGAUCCUUCUGAUGGCGUCCGUUCGCAACGAGUUUGGCGACACGUGCAUCUUCUCGCGGCUCGGAGUAACCGCUCUCGGACAGCAUUACGUGCUUGUCACCAAGAAGAGAUUAUUCGGAGGAUACACAGUUAGUCGUGCUACAGUAAUCUCUAAGCCAGUACUGUUUCAGACUCACAUGAUCACAGCCAACAUGAGGAAUCGACCGUUCAUCUCGGCGCCAUUUAAAGUGUCGGGCACUCAGAGCAUCCAAGAGUCCCGGGAUCUCAUCGACAGACUGACGGCUGCUCUCAGCCGACCCGGAAUGUUCAGUUUCGACGAGCCGCCCAGCGGAUGCACGUUCCCGAUCGGCAAGGACUACAUUCAACUGGACGAGGUGCCCGUCGACGUGCACAACAAUCAGGACAAGUAUCUGGAGAAGGGCGACGAGAUAUUCUGCGAGGUGAACGUCUCCGGCGUCAAGUUCUACCAUAGCGGAAUCUACGCGGGCGAUGGAGGCGUCUACCACUUUGUGUGCGAUCCUCGUGAGUUUUCUGUGAUUGAUUAAUAUGAGCCAAUAUCUGAUUAUUUAAGAAGAGACAGAAUCGUUGGCUGAGGCGCUCGCCGUAUUCAGCGGAGUCUCGGCGCGUGUAAUGUACGACACGUGGUUCGAGUACGUCUACGCGCUGAUCGAGGUUACCGACGUGCCGCCCAGGAUAUUCCGAGCUUCACAUCCUUUGAUCUGUCGCUCUGGAGAUCAGGUAAGAGACUGACGCUUCAGAGUUAAGAUUGAAUAUCGAUUUUGCAGAUUGUAAAGUACGCGGAGCACCUGCAGCGCGAGUUGUGCACCUACGACAUCCGUCGCUCGAACUGCCAGCACUUCUCGUCGGAAUGCUCGUCCGGAGUCCCAUUCUCCUACGACAUGACUUCCGCGUUCAAGUACAUCGCGUGCACCGUCCUCAAGCCCACUUCGACAGUGGUCAGUGCAAUGACCCGAUCGCAUCGGGACCGUUCCAGUUUCGCCAGCAACAGCACGUCUUCUUAG